AUGCGGCGCACAUGUGAGUUCAGUUUUUGAAAAGGUCUACGUGAACAUGGAAUAUAUCAACAAUACCCCAAACGGGGUAUCCGGUUCUGGGACGGUGAAUAAAAUCCUCUGCUGCGAAUGUGGCGUCCCGAUCGAGCCGAACGCCACGAACAUGUGCGUUCCGUGCCUUCGUUCGCACGUCGACAUCACGGAGAACAUCCCGAAGCAGGCGGUGAUUUUCUUCUGCCGCAACUGCGAACGCUAUCUGAAUCCACCGAACGAGUGGGUCGCGUGCAGUCUGGAGUCGAAGGAGCUGCUGUCCCUGUGCCUGAAGCGUCUGCAGGGGCUGCGGCAGGUGAAGCUGGUCGAUGCCGGUUUUGUGUGGACCGAGCCGCACUCGAAGCGCAUCAAGGUGAAGCUGACCGUGCACGGCGAGGUGAUGGAUGAUGUCGUGCUGCAGCAGGUGUUCGUGGUGGAGUUUACGGUCAACAAUCAGAUGUGCGACGAUUGCCAUCGGACCGAGGCGAAGGACUUUUGGCGCUGCAUGGUGCAGGUGCGCCAGAAGGCGGUUAACAAGAAGACACUGUUCUACCUCGAGCAGAUGAUUCUGAAGCACAAAGCGCACGAUAACACGCUCGGCAUCAAGCCGACCCCGGGUGGGUUGGACUUUUUCUAUGCCACUGAAGCGCACGCCCGGAAGAUGGUCGACUUCCUGCAGGCCGUGCUGCCGGUAAAGGUGACCACCUCGAAGAAGCUGAUUUCGCACGACAUCCACAGCAACUCGUACAACUACAAGUAUUCGUACGCUGUGGACAUUGUGCCGAUAUCGAAGGGAAGUUUGGUUUGCCUGAACAAACGGCUGACUCAGCAGAUGGGCCACAUAGCACCGGUUUGCUUGGUAGCAAAGGUGGCUAACUCUAUCCAUCUGAUUGAUCCACAAACGGCUCAACUUGCCGAAGUGCAGAACAUGGCCUUCUGGAAGACGCCGUUCGAGGCCAUCUGCAACCCGAAGCAGAUGGUCGAGUUUACAGUGAUGGACGUGGAGAUCAUUCGGGGGGGCGAACGAAAGGCGUUCCCGGGACAAGGGGCGGUCUCGUUGCGCCAUACGCUUGCCGACGUUUGGGUAGUGAAGUCUUCCGAGCUGGGCAUCAACGAUAAUACGAUUCACGUGAAGUCACACUUGGGCAAUCUGCUCAAACCGGGUGAUUGCGUGCUCGGGUUCGAUUUGCGUGACGCGAACGUCAACAACUCGGACUUUGAAAAGCUCAACUCGGACACCGUGCCCGAUGUGCUGUUGGUGAAGAAGUCGUACGAUAAAUCGGUACGCAAGCAGAACCGCAACUGGAAGUUGAAACAUCUGGCCGAAGAUGUUGCCGUGGACACCGAUAUCGAGAACGAGUACAACGAAUUCCUGGAGGAUCUGGAGGAGGAUCCGGAGCUGAGGCAGAAUGUUAACAUUUUCAAGGACAAAAACAAACAGAUUCCGGUCGAUACGAACGACAUGGAUGAUCCGUCGCUGCCGAGGAUUACGCUCGAGGAGAUGCUCGACGAUUUGGUGCUGGAGGACGAGGAAAUGGGUGACGGUUGAUUUCACAGUUUUGCAGUACCCGGAGGAAAAUAUAUUGUUUAAAAAGUAUAUGCUAAUAAAAGUUCUACAUUUUUUCCACUAUACUCC